AGAUGUAUUUUACGUGAACACCUUAAUUACGCUUUGCAAUAGUCAGAUUAUAUAUAAUAUUAAAAUUAAUUAUAUGGACAUUCUGAUCGCUAAUAAUUAACGCUGAAAUAAAAUGGAACAUAUAGGGUAAUGAGUACAGGGGGAUUGAUAUUAAUAAGAACAGACGAUGACAAUUCAUACAAAGAUACGAUGCUAUUAAUAAGUACGAUCAGUCAUGAUCCAAUUAUUAUUGAGAGGUGCUGAUUGGUUGUCCCCGAUGUGGCAAUCGCGACGAAAACUACAAAAGAUACCACCUAACCAUCGGCCCAAUUUUUUGUCGACGAUCUUGUCGCAAGUAUCACCAUCAUCUGUAAAUCUAUUCACCAAAAUUACAAAUGCAUCAAAAAAUCCAUCACGCAAUAUAUUAAAUAAAAAAUCAGAAGCCUGACAAUAACAGAAUAUAAUCAAACUCUCUAGACACAAAAAAGAGACGACAAUUUGAAAGAUUCUUUACAUUCAUCACAACACUGUUUUCCAUCGCAAUCUUUAAAUUGCUCGAACCAAAAAGUAAAGUGAACAUUUGUGUGGACAUCUAAAAUUUUUAUCAGGAAUGGCGGGUUACAUGCCACCAAUUCAUAUGCCAUUAGAACCAAAAUGGCGACAUUAUCCGACGUACAUCUACUCAAGAAAUUACGGAUACGGAAUGAAUUAUUAUCAGCCAAUGAUUGAUUAUAUGGAUAACAAGAGAUUAUCACUCAGUUCGAGAUCAUCUUUACCAGAGCUUGAGAGAAGAAUAGAAUUACCCGAAUUACCCUGGUCCGACGGUAGAGUCUUAUGGGAAGACAAAAAGGUACAGCCCUAUACGAGAGACGACCUUAUUAAAUAUGCAAUCGACGCUGAGGAUGAAGCUAGAGAUCACCUGUCUCGUUUUAAGAUAGCAAAUCGCUCGGACUUCAGCCUGGCCAAGACCGUGCAGGCCAGCCGCGUGACCAAGGAGAUUUUUCCGCGCACCGGAAAGGACCUAAAAAGACUACCCAUGCCUCUGAUGUUCGCCAGCGCUCGUGCCCGCAGCGAGGUCAAGGAGAUCCAGCAGGAAGCGAGGAGCGAUAUUAAGCUGCAGGCGUUGAAAGAUGUUCAGAUGAUGACCGAGGUGAAUGACGCGCUGGAGCAUGGCAAAAGUCUGCGUGGCAAAUCCGCGAAAGCGAUAGAAUUCCAUCUGAGGACAGAAGCUAUGAAGAAUCUGUCCAAGAGCCAGGAAUUGGCUGACGUACGGAAGUUCCAAAGGGAAACUGUGCACUCUCUCUGGGACGACGCGGCACACGGCAGAUUGAUGAACGAAAGGGCCAAGGCUCUGAUCGAUGAGGACAAGCUGACGCAGCCGUUUAAUACGCUCAGUAGGGAGCUACGUGGAUUCGAGCAGAAGUCCAGCAAUUAUUUCCUAGAUAAGAGGUAUCAAGAUCGUGCGAGGCGAGAACUUUUGUAUGGCUGUCGAGGAUGCGAGUAUUAUAAUGUUAAGCGUAGUAGAUAGGUAAGAGUUGUGUGUUACGACCGAGUUCUCAGUAGAAAAAGGUAUAAUAUUUUAUUUUCUAGAAAAGUAGAAAUGCGUGAAAUAAAGAUGAAUGAUUUUAACAGGUGACAUUUGGUUUUAUAUCUCAAAGAAGCUUAUUUCUUUUAUAAUUUCUUAUUUUAAUACCCCCUUGUCUUAUGACAUUAUGUACGAAACAUAUCAGUUAGUAUCGAUUUUCAAAAGUAGAAAUAUUAAAAAUACUGUAUAUGUCUCUAAUGGCUCUCUGAUUCUUAAGUGAUUAUGUAAAAACAGCCGAAAACUAAAUCCCAGGAUGAAUAAGGUAAACCAAUGGAAAUCAAGACGAUAAUAAGUAGAACAAAAUAUUGAAAACUUUAUAAUGGUUAUUUGGAUAAUCAAGGAAAAAUAUAAUUAUUCAAGAAAUUUCUAGAAAUAGCUGUAAUUGAAAUUUUAAUUAUCAAAAAUUUCUUAAAUAAUAUUUACCAUAAUAUAAAAAGUACAAAACAAUAUUUGAGAUUAAACUAGAUUUGCGUUUACAAGUUUACAUUGAAUGAAAU